UACAACAAGUCUGAAUGUCAACACCAUCAUCACCUCUCUCCACAGAGUGAGUAUUACAUAGUGAAGGUCAAGGCUGAGGGUUGUUAUUGUCCGGAUAAGUCUUCCAUCUACUCUGAGAAGAAAGUCAUCCCUAAGAGGAACUUGGUAAAAUGGAAUGUAUCACCUCACCAUUGGUUAAUUUUCCUUGAAGCUGGAUUAUUUCUUCAUGAAAAUCAUCUUUUUUACAGCAAGAACGACAAGUAACCUAAGGAACUUCUGUAGGUUGCAUGAUGGGAGGCAGAUGGAUGGACAGCAGGAGAUGACACUCAUCUAACACCAAGUGGGUCUCCACAGAAGCCAGCAAACUGUUUUAUUAGACAAGGUGUCAUGUUCUUCUUAGAGCUUGAACUCCUCCAUACCUAACAUGCAGACCUUCUACCAGCCCCGCCACAUCAUCCGUCACCCCCCAGCUCUUUACCUGGACCCUACGCUGAUGCAGCGGCGUGUCCUGGAAGAUCAAGUGGAGCUGUGGUGGUUCAGAGAGCCCCGCCGAUCAUUACUGUGCUACCUUGCAUCCGUGGCCCUUAUAAUGGGGCUGGGACUUGGUGGUGUUGGCCUCCUCUCUACCACCACCAGCCUGUCCGGUGAAUGGCGCCUCUGGGUGGGCACUACCCUCUGCCUCCUGGCUCUGGCUGUUCUUCUCAAGCUUCUUCUCAGUUCUGCAAUCCAGGACAUGAACUGUGUGCACAGCUGGCGUCGGAUCGACCAGCUGAAGAGCGGAGGGAGGGCGGACCCCGCGCUGAUUUUGGCUGUGGGGAUGGCAGUGAUGAUUUGUGGGACGGUGCUUCUCUGCAUGGCAACAAUCGGCACCCAAAGUCACGAUAACAAGGAGAUGUUUGUGUCCAGUUUGGUGCUGAUGGCUGCCGGGGCAGGCAUGGUUCUAGCUGUAGUCACCUACAACAUGGUGUUAUACUUUGAAAGAAGAAGGGAUCAGAGAAGGAGGAUCAGGAUGAGGAUGAACAGAGCGAGAACGCUGGGGAGUCGAACUGUUAGGGUGUUCAGCGUCUCAGGAGCACAGAUGGGCCCAGCCAGGAGAGAGACUUCCUCUAGCAGGACCAGCCUUAUCUGAACGACUAAUGGGCAAAAUCACUGAGAAAAAAAACUGAUUUAGUAUCUUUGAAAGGUUGGUCCAGCGGGCUUAAUAUAUAAAGAAAUGCAUUAAGAUUAUUUGGCAGUCUUUUCUCAUUGGCAUGUAAAGUUGUACUGUCGAUCAUUAAAAGAUGACCUAGAACAUUGAUUACAUGAGUACUUUCAGUGGAAAAUAAGUAAGGUGUCUUUGAUUCUCUGUAUGUUGUUCUACAAUUGACUCAAAGAACAUUUUUGUUGUUUUGUGUUGUUACUAUAUUCUCAACUGUUUCUUAU